CCCUCCUUGUUUUUGGCUAAUUUACAUAAGAUUACCAAGUCAAAUUUGGGGUGACUUGUGCAAGUUAUUUCUCCUACCUCUGGCCAGUUUUCUGUGCAGCAACUACCCUUAUCUAUAUGCAGAGCAAAUCAAACCACCUGCCCAACAUAAUUAGAAAUACCCUAGAAGCAAUCACCAGAUGGCUGUCGGAAAUUUCCUAACCAGGAUGCACUACGAAUGAGGGGCUGCUCAACAAACCUGAAGUUUAAGCCAGCACCACAUAAACCAUCAAACCAAAGGAGAAGACGGAGAAACGUUAUUUGGUUCAACCCACCAUUCAACAGAAAUGUGCAAACAAACAUUCGAAGAAUGUUCAUCAACCUAAUUAAUACAUGCUUUCCACUUGGCCAGAAAUUGAAAAAAAAUAUUUAAUAGAAACACUUUGAAAUUAAGCUAUUCUUGCACACCCAACAUCAAGCAGGUUAUUGACGGCCAUAACAAAGCCAUUCUCAAGAAAUCCUAUACAUCUGAACAAGAUCAGACCACAAGGAUGUACAACCGUUGCAACCAAAAUGACUGCCCGUUAAAAGGCGAAUGUUUGCAGAAGGAAAUCGUUUACCAAGCCACU